AUGUGGCGACUUCGAGAUCUCCUCGUCGUGGGACUCGCCGUCUCGGGAGCUACAGCGAGCACCUGGUUCCCUGGCUCCAAGACCAUCUACAACAAGUGGCAUGAGACGGAGCUUGAGCGGUGGCUGUCUGACCAGAACAUCCCAUAUCCAACUCCAGCUGACCGCAAGGAUCUGGAGGACCUCGUCUCGAAGAACUGGAACGACUAUGUUGUAGAGCCUUACAACAAAUGGGACACUUCCCAGCUGAGCGCAUAUUUGCAAGCCCGAGGCAACGACGUGGCACGAGAGGCUCAGAAGAACAAGGAUAGUCUGCUUUCUCAUGUCAAAUCAAACUGGUAUGAAACCGAAGACUCCGCCAACGAGGGCUGGUCCAAUAUCAAGGACUGGAUUCUCGAUACUUGGACCGAUUCCCAGCUCAAGUCUUUCUGUGAUAAGCAUGGCAUUCCAGUUCCCCAGCCGCGCACUCGUGAUACUUUGCUCCAAAAAGCUCGUGAGAACUAUCAGACCAUUGCAGAAAAAGCGGGAGAGACUGCUGCUUAUCCCGGUGACUGGCUCUACUCCACCUGGUCCCAAUCCGAUUUGAAGGAAUGGCUUGAUAAAAACGGCUUCCCAGCCCCACAGCCAACCACCCGGGACAAGUUGAUUGCCUCAGUUCGCCGCAACGCUCGACUUGCAUACCUGAAGUCUCAAGAGGAAGCUGAAAGCGCCUCGGCUAGGAUUCAAGCAGCCUAUACCUAUCUCACAGACACCAUUAUUGACGCCUGGAGCGAGUCUCAGCUCAAGGAAUUUUGUGACAAGAACGGAGUUCCUGUGCCUCAGGGUACCAAGCUUAAUGAACUCCGAGCUCUUGUUCGAAAGCACCGCGCUGAUAUCUUGGGCGACACCGUUGGCGCCAGCGUCAAGGCUGCUUUCGGCGCUGCUACUUCCAACGCUCAGAACCAGUAUGCCAGGGCGACUGACAGCGCUUCUCUUGCCGCCCAGGAUGCCUUCAACCAAGCCGUCGACAAGUGGUCAGACAGCCGACUCAAGGCUUAUCUGGAUGCCCGCGGUGUCCCUGUUCCCCAAGCCAGUAAGACCGAUGAGCUUCGAGCUCUUGUUCGAAAGCAUACACACAAAGCAGCAGCUGGCUGGCAAGCGUGGAAUUUUGAUGACUAUAACUACGAUAACUUAAAGAACUAUCUGAGUAAACACGGCAAUGCUGCCGCAAAGGCCGCGGCUAAGAAGAAGGACGCUACCCGUGAUGAACUUGUGAGAGCUGCCCAGUCGGCCUACUCAUCCGCCUCGUCAGCUGGUGGUGCACAGUAUGCCUCUGCCACCAGCUAUCUUGCGUCUGCGACAUCUUCUGCCAAGCAGGAUGCUUUUGAUGGCUGGUCCGAGAGCGAUCUCAAAGCCUACCUCGACAGCUAUGGAGUUCGUGUUCCUCAGGGUUCUAAGAUUGACGAACUCAAAGCAGAAGCGCGCAAGCAGUCUACCUACUUCAAAUAUGGCACCUCUUCACCCGGAGGCACUGUCUUUGCUAAGAUCGGAGAGACUGCCAAGGACGGUUGGAGAUGGAUCGCCCAGCAGCUCAAUAUUGGCAGCGAGGUUGCCAAACAGGAAGCUAUCAAAGCUGAGGCUGAAGCUAAGAAAAAGGGCCAGAAGCUGAGAAAUGAGCUGUAA